AUGCCGGUGUCUGUCGAAGAAGCUGUGGUGUCACAACAGGCGGGUCGUUAUGGCGGUGUCAAACGGAAACUCAAGAGCCGCCACAUCCAGUUCAUCGCCCUUGGUGGCACCAUUGGAACGAGUCUCUUCCUUGGAAUUGGGUCGAGCUUGACAAAGGCAGGCCCGUUGAGUCUUCUUCUCGGCUUCAUCAUCACCGGCCUGGCCAUUUAUGGCAUGAUGCUCAGUCUGGGCGAGAUGGCUACCUGGCUCCCAAUCCCCGGCGCAAUCCCUCAGUUUUGCACCCGGUUCGUCGAUGAUGCUUUGGGCUUUGCUGUUGGAUGGAACAACUGGUACUUCUGUGCCAUUGUGCUCUGUCUUGAGAUCAAUGCGGCGGCCAUUAUCAUACAAUACUGGGAAGGAGCCAGAAACAUCACGCCGGCCGCCUGGAUCACCAUCAUCAUAGUGCUGGUGCUGUGUCUGAACGUAUUUGCGGUGGGGGUCUUCGGGGAAGCCGAGUUUGUGUUCGCCUCGUUGAAGAUUAUCACCAUUGUCGGCCUGCUCAUCCUUUCGAUCGUCUUGAUACUCGGUGGAGGACCUAGUCACGACCGGCUCGGCUUUCGCUACUGGAAGCACGGAGCCAUCAAAGAACUUUCCCCGGCUCAAGGUGCCUCCGGUCGAUUCUUUUCCGUCUUCUCCGUCUUGGUGUACGCGGCCUUCACGUUCGGCGGGGUCGAGAUGGUCGUGGCCGCGGCCGGUGAGGCGGAAAAUCCCCGGAAAAACAUCCCCAAGGCGGUCCGGAGGACGGUGUAUCGGAUCUUGUUCUUCUACGUCUUAGGCACCCUAGCCCUAGGCCUGAUCGUCUCCGCCAACGACCCCCAUUUGCUCCACGCCCAGGCUUCCGGGGCCGCCGGCGCCGCGCAGUCGCCGUGGGUGAUCGGCAUCACUAAUGCCGGCAUCACAGUCCUGCCGUCCAUCAUCAACGCUGUCGUCUUGACGUCGGCCGUGUCGUCCUCGAAUGCCUUCCUCUACACCGGAAGUCGUUAUCUGUACGCCCUUGCUCUGAACGGCCAUGCCCCGAGGAUUUUCCUCCGGUGUACCAAAGCUGGCGUCCCCAUCUAUGCAGUGGGACUCACGGCUCUCAUGUCCCUGCUGACUUACAUGACCGUGUCGGUUUCCGGAUCGGAUGUUUUUCUCUGGUUCGCUAGCCUGAUCACCGUGGCAUGCCUUUUGACCUGGAUGUCCAUCUGUAUCGCGUAUAUUCGCUUUCGCAAGGCCCAAAGCGUCCAGGGAUUCGAGAUGGUCGAUCUCGGACUCCGACCCCGGCUGCAGCCGUACCUCGCAUGGGCAUCACUGGUCUUUUUCGUGGUCAUCGUCUUCUUCAAUGGCUUUGAGGUUUUUAUAAGAGGUCAUUGGAGUGUCAGCGACUUCCUGACCUCCUACCUGGGAAUUCCAGUAUUUGCCGCCCUUUACGUCUUCUGGAAGUUGCUGAAGAAAACCCGUAUUCAUCCACUCGACCAGGUCGACCUGAUCACGGGGAAACAAGAGGUCGACGACAUGGACGGGUGCUGGCCUAAGGUUCAGCCUAAGAACUUAUGGCAAAAG